CGCAACUAUAGGUAUAAAUAUUUUCAGCGUUAAUUUCGUAUUAGAUAUAAGAUCCGGAUCGAUUUUUACUUGGAAUUGUAUUAUUAGCCAUUUUUAAAAUGUCGAUAAAUUUUGAAAGUUCUAAUGAUUUGAACGAAAUUAGACAAGUGAAACGCGACGCGAGAAAGCGAAUCCUAGAAAAGGCCGAAAAAGAUUAUGAAAAAAGGAAAUCCCGUAAAGAAUUGGCAAAAUUAAAGGGAGAAGAUAAAUGGAUGCUACCCGAGCUUGAUGCGAAACUAUCUGGAAGUAAACCCCAAAAAAGUAAAAAAGACAAAAAACAUAAAAAGAAUAAAAAAAGCAAGAAAAACAAAAAAAAAGAAAAUUCAUCUGACUCUGAUGAGUGGGUGGAGAAGGUGUCAGAGACAGUAGAAUCCUCACAAGCUGCUCCUCUUCAGAGAGAUGAAUGGAUGAGCGUUCCUUCUUUGCUUCCGAUUUUCAGUAAAAGCAGCAUACCUGUCAAAAGAACAUCAUUGAACAAGGAAGAAGAAACGGCCAGAAAAAUAAUGAUGGAGAAACCCGGACAGACAAGUAGGGAACUAAAUCCAUAUUGGAAAAAUGGAGGAACUGGCCUGCCACCAGAAAAAAGUGAUGCAAAUAUCUCCCCUUCAAAUGAAAAUUCGAGUACUUCUUGUAGCUUUUCUGAUGAGAAAAAGCACAAGAAAUCUGCUGGGAACAGCCGACAUAGGACAAAUAGCAGAAGUAGAAGUAGAUCCAGAUCAAGAUCUCGAGAGAGAAGGCAUACAGAAAGAAUUAAAAAACCGUUAACAGUUGAAGAAAGGUUUAGAAGACCGAAUGAGGAUGAUGAAGUUUCGCAAGCGAGCAAGCGUUUUUCGUCAACACAGCAGGGAUGGAAGAAAACUGAAGCAAAAUCAAAAAUCCGCAUGGAUUCAUCGCCCUCUUCAUCCUCAUCAUCUUCGGAAGGCGAAAAUGAAAAGAAUGAACGCCUAUCGCCAAAAGAUCAUGAAAAAACGUGGACCGAACAGGAAUUAAAUGCAAUUGGUGCAAAAAUUGUUAAAGCCGAAAUCAUGGGCCAGUUGGAUUUGGUGAAAGCCCUUAAACUGACACUAGCGUCAGCGAGGGAAACAAUGGCUCAGAGAAAACAGGACGGAUCAGCAGGCAACAAAGAGCAUAUCGCUGUUCUGACAAGGACAGAUGCUAAAGGCGGUCAACACCCCUUGCCCGCGCCUCGUUAUGGCGAAAGCUCUUUCCAGGGAAGUAAAGGAAAAGGAAAGAAAUUGAAGGCUGAGACCCAUCAAAGUGGUGAACGAGUUCGUUAUUUUGCCGAUGACGACAAGUAUUCUCUCAGUCAGAUGUAUACACGAGAAAAGCAGGGGACGGCUGAAGAUCAGGAUGCCAUGUUUUCACGGUUGGCUGGAAAACGAGUGGAAAAUACCAAUGAUGAUUUCGAUUUAGAUGAUAUGUUUGAAAGCCGAGCAAAUAGAGAGGUAGAUGACGUGGCGGCCGAAGCUCGAGAUAGGCAGGCUGCCAUAGCUCAGCACAAAAAACGAGAAAAAGUAUUGGAUUCCUGCUCCCUUUGUCUUGAUUCACAGGCGAUGCAAAAACAUCUAAUUAUAGCCAUUGGACAAAAGUGCUAUCUGUCAUUGCCUGUACAUCAAUCAUUAGUUCUUGGUCACUGUUUAAUUGUUCCUCGCACUCACGUAACUUGCUCCACACAAUUAGACGAAGAUGUUUGGGCAGAAAUGCAGAUGUUCCGAAAAGCCUUGACGAGGAUGUUCGAAGCACGGGAAGCUGAUGCAAUUUUCUUUGAAACGGCUAUGCAUCUCAACCGUUUUCCACACAUGGCAUUGGAAUGUGUCCCACUAUCGAUAUCGGCUGGAGAAACCGCCCCAAUAUAUUUCAAAAAAGCCUUAUUGGAGUGCGAAUCCGAGUGGGCGAUGAAUAAAAAAGUCAUUGAUUUGAAAGGCAAAGACGUAAGAAAAGCCGUCCCCAAGGGAAUGUCAUACUUCUUUGUAGAUUUCGGUAUGCAAUCUGGAUUCGCUCAUAUUAUUGAAGAUGAACAACGCUUUCCUACUGCCUUUGCACAGGAAAUUUUGGGAGGAAUUUUGGACCUUGAGCCACAGGCAUGGCGUCGCCCACGUCGAGAAAACUUUGAGCAGCAGAAAAAGAAAGUGUUGGAUUUUGCUGCAGACUGGAAAGAGUAUGAUUUCACAGCGUCUUCAAAAUAACGACAAAUUUCAAUUGAUGCCGCGCAAUUUGGUCGUAUUGAAUUGUGUUAAUGAACUGAGUUACAUAACGAGAACCACACUGAUUACCAGCUUAGGAUGAGGUUGAAAGAUACAAUAUAUGGAUAUAGUGAGACCA